AUGGCAAACAACAAGAAGACUGCCGAAAAUCAGCUGGAGGAGUACCGUAAGAAGAACCGUCCCGAAGAAAUGCGGACUUCUUACGGAGCCCCAAUCUCCUCACGAACAGCGUCCAUCACCGCCGGUCCUCGAGGUCCUCUCUUGAUCCAAGAUGCCGUCUUUCUCGAUGAACUGGCCCAUUUCGAUCGGGAGAGAAUCCCCGAGAGAGUGGUGCAUGCCAAGGGAGUUGGGGCUCAUGGAUACUUUGAGGUGACACAUGACAUAACCAAGUACACCAAGGCCUGUAUCUUCGCCGAAAUCGGAAAGAAAACCCCCAUGUUCUUGAGAUUCUCGACUGUCGGCAAGUUACCUGUCCUUUAUUUUUUGUCAUCCCUACCAUAUUAUUCUAAAUAAAUUUUGUUUUCAGGUGGCGAAAGUGGAAGUGCGGAUACUGCCCGUGAUCCCCGUGGAUUUGCCAUGAAGUUCUACACGGAGGAAGGAAACUGGGAUCUGGUGGGAAACAACACCCCGAUCUUCUUCAUCAGAGACCCCAUCCUCUUCCCCAGCUUCAUUCACACCCAGAAAAGAAAUCCGGCGACCCAUCUGAAAGACCCCAAUAUGGUCUGGGACUUCUUUUCUCUCCGCCCCGAGGCUAUGCAUCAGUUCAUGUUCUUGUUCGGAGAUAGGGGAACUCCCGAUGGCGUCAGAUUUAUGAAUGGAUAUGGAUCUCACACUUUCAAAUUGGUCAACGCAAAGGGAGAAGCUGUCUGGUGUAAAUUCCAUGCUAAGGUGAGACCAUAACCACACACUUAAUUUUGCUUCAGACUGCCCAAGGAAUCAAGAAUUUGUCAUCCGCGGAGGCCGAAAAACUCACCGGAACAGAUCCGGAUUAUUCCAUCAGAGAUUUGUACAAUGCCAUCGAGCGCGGAGACUAUCCUCAAUGGAACUUCUUCAUCCAGGUGAUCAAUUUUCUAUUUUCUUUGCAAUUUUUAUUACUCACUGCUUUUAACUCUACCGUAUCUUAGGUGAUGACAUUUGAACAAGCGGAUAAGUUCCGUUGGAAUCCCUUCGAUUUGACCAAGGUCUGGCCCCAUUCCGAGUUCCCGUUGAUCCCGGUCGGAAAGUUUGUCCUCAAUAGAAACCCGGCCAAUUAUUUUGCCGAGGUUGAGCAAGCCGCGUUUUCUCCGGCUCAUGUCAUCCCUGGAAUUGAUUUCUCUCCGGACAAGAUGUUGCAAGGACGUCUCUUCUCUUACACCGACACCCAUUAUCAUCGUCUUGGACCCAAUUACAACCAGUUGCCAAUCAAUUGCCCUUAUAAGACUCGAGUGCGGAAUAUCCAAAGGUGAGUUGUGGAAACAUUCUGGACUGAUUCCUUUUUGAUUUUGAAAAUCAAUUAAAAAUUCUUCAGGGAUGGUUUAAUGGCCUAUUCGACCAACCAGGGGUCUGCCCCCAACUUCCAUCCGACUUCUUUCAACGGAACUGUGACUCGAGGACCUCCCGAACACAAAUGGACUGUAUCUGGAGAGGUGGGAAGAUACGAGACUGGAGGCGAGGACAACUACAGUCAGCCCAAGAUCUUCUGGGAAAAGGUAUGUUUAAACACAUGGCUGUAUGAGUCACAAUCACCAUAUUGUUUGAGUUUCCGGGGUUGCUGAUAAGAGAAUAGCAUUAGCAUUUGUACAACAUGUUUUUUAGGUGCUCGAUGAAGGCGCUCGCGCUCGCUUGGUCCAGAAUAUCGUGGAUUCUCUGAGCGGCGCAACUGAUGCUGUCCAGGAUCGUUGUGUGGUUCAUUUUAAUCGUGUCCAUGAGGACUUUGGUCGCGCCGUCUCUGAUGGAUUAAAGGCCAAGAAGGUCAAGGCCCAUUUGUAA